AAAAAAAUUUCCAAUUUCAAACAAAAUAACAAAACUACUUCAUCAACUACUUCACAAUGGUCCAAAUUAAAGCCAACAUGCUCCUUAUCCUUCUUGCUGGCACUGCCCUAGCCAUGCCAGCCAAAACGCCAGCUAACAAUGCUGCGAGUCCUGGUAAAACCGUCCAAUGCACAACGGACGGAAAAAAAAUCAAAAUCCCUGAGAAUAUUGCCAAGGACAUCGCCAAAAAAGCCCCCUCUGGCAGCCAGUUUGUCGAGGACGAAUGCACCGAGAAGCCAGAGUUUUCCACAUUCAGUAGCUACCCGCAUCAGUACCAUAAUGGCGACCCAUUUGAUUGGGACAACCAUGUUUGCAACUCGGAAAAUGUGGCUCUGCUUGAAUUUCCCAUAAAAGAUGACAACCCUGCUGAGAUGUAUCCCUGGAAGGGAAUGCCAAGGGGCGAUGGUAAGAAACCUGAGAAGAUGAAGAAUAUUCCAUGCCGCGUUGUCUACAGUGCCACAGAUGGUCAUUAUUGUGGUGUCAUGUGCCACAAUUCUAUGGAAGAAGGCGGGGAAAAAGGAUUCCACAAGUGUACUUGAACAUUGGAUGUCAUAACCCCUAUGGAAAUUUGUGUUUGAAAACCUCUUUGAUUGUAAUUAGCAUUUCGCAUGUCUCUUUAGCAAUACCCAAC